AUGGAACUCCAAAAAUAUAAUGGAAAUAUUCAUCCAGACGAAUGGAUAAACGAUCUUCAAGCUUAUUUUAGUAUAAAACAAAAGAUAAAUGUUAAUUUUGCUAUAUCCUUAGUAGAUUCCAUUAUUAAACUUCCAACUGGAAUUGAUAAUAUUGAAAAACUUCGUAAUGCACUUAAAGAAAAUAUUUUCUUUACAAUAUUUAAGAAUACAAAUAAAAGAAAAUUACAAUCGUUAAAAUAUAAUCCUGAAAGAAAAGGUGGUGAUACUUCAUAUUUUAUUUCAACUUUUUGUAAAUUAUGUUAUAACGCCGAGAUUAAUGAUGUAAAAGAACAAACGAGAUAUCUUUAUAAUUCGCUUCCGGAUAACUAUUUUAAGUAUGUUUCAAACGAAUUUUUUGAGAAAAUGAAGAAUGUAAAUUCAAUUGAUGAAUUAAUUAAAAGAUUUGAAGAACUUGUUUUAGAAGAAUCGAAUUUAAUUAGAGAUGGAUCUAUUGUAGCUUUAAAACAUGUUGCAACAGGAAAAUAUUUAAGUUCCACUAAAAAUUUAUGUUAUACAACUGGAAGUCGGAAACAAUUGGUUUUUGUAGGAAGCUCAGAGCCUAUUCCAAAUUCUUUAUGGAAAAUUGAAUUUGGUGACGAAUUAGCUGCUUAUACAGAUAAUUCUAUCGUGCUACAACAUGUUAAAUCUGAGAUAUUUCUUGGUAUGUAUUGUGUUAACACUGGCUAUGGAUAUGAUUAUUGCAAAUCUCCGUUAAAUAAUUAUACGGAAGUGAGCUGUUACGGUAACGAUCGUUAUUUUACUAGAAAUUGGAAAUUUAAUCAUAGUAAAUUUAGUAAAUUAAAAAAUCAUCAAGGAUAUUUAAAAUCAAAUGAUAUUAUUAAUCUUAAUAUUAAGAAAUCCUAUGAUAACCGUAGUUAUACUAUUCGCCACGGACAAGUUGAAGUUUUACGUAGUCAUGAUAUUCAAUUUACUAUUGGGAACGAUGCUUUUCAAGAAGUUGUUUGUCAUAAUGAAAGAUUAGGAGGAAAUGAUGAAUGGUGUAUUGAACUUAUUCAUGAAAGUUAA